UAGUUAGCUCGGAAAAUUUAAAAGCAUACAUUCAACUCGAAUCGGAAGCAUCUUCUAAAAAUAAAAAGCAAAAUACGCAAUUUGCGGAAAUUUCUUUUCGAAAAUUAAAGUUUCUUAAGUUUUCCCGAAAAUGCCGAAAGUUCGUCAGCCAGAGAAACUUGAAAAUUUAGCCUUGAAAAAUUCAGCUGAAUGGUUGUGCGUGACUGGUGAAAAAAUGAUGCCAAUGAUGUCGGAAGCAACCAAACUCGAUCACAAACUAGCAAUCGAGAAGUUAAACACAAUCAUUGAAAUUUCUCAUGAUUUAUUCGAAAGAUUUGUUCCGUUUUAUCUUUACAAGCCGCUGACUGAUGAGGUCAUCAAAGGAAUUUCAAAACUUGUUGACAAGUGUAAAGAAGCAAUCGAAUUUAAAGCAAACAUAGCAAAAUUCUUAGCUCAAAUCAAUGUUGCUUUAAGUUUAGCACAAGCAUUAAUUUCUAUCAAACUUCGAGUGAUUGAUUUUGAUCAAAUGCCAAAAAUGCUUCGUUCAGCUUUUUAUAUUCAACUCACAAAAAUGUCAGGUCUGGAAUGGUUGUCGUUGGGAAGUGUUUCAGGUGGUUGGAAGACAUUCGACAUGGAACAAAUGCUGGUUGAUGGCUUGUCAAAUAUGAGCCACUUGCUGCAUCUUUGUUUAAAUUACGAUUGCACAGACAAAGUUCUUGAAACGCUUGUUAAGUCUUGUCCAAGGCUUAUGAGUCUCGACAUUACAAACUCUAAAAACAUCAACAAUUCAAGUGUUGACAUUCUCGUUGACCUGAAAAACCUUCGGGCUGUUCAACUUUACAGAACCAGCGUGACAAUGGAAGGCUACAUAAAUAUUCUUCUUCAUUUACCUGAACUUCGUGAUGUUGGUCGUUACGAUGAGAUUGGACGAUGUCUCGAGUACAUCAACGAUUAUUAUCCAACUUACGGCAACUUCAAAUUGGAAACUUUUGUCUCGAAUCAUGCAACAACAAAACAAAUUCAAAUUUUAUGUGAAAAAUGUUUGAACAUCAAAUCAAUUUCGCUUUUUCAUAAUGUUUUGUUCCUCGACUUGAUGACAAUUAUUGGACUGAAUGAAUUGAAUAAACUGAAGCUUUUAUCUUGUGAUUUUUUCGCUGAUCAAAUACGUGACGUUUUGGAAGUUAAAGGAUGUAACAUUACAACACUUAAUCUCGAGCAUGUUGAUGAAAUUGACAUGAACGCAUUGAUUUACAUACAUUUCACAGUUCUGUCCCGACCUCAAAACGCUUGUGCUGUGUAAUUGUAAUCUCAUUCAAAGCACAUCAAUUCAACGUCAUAAGUUGCCGCCAUUUAUGUGUCUCGAGAAUUUGACACUCAUCGGAGAAUGUUUGUAUCAGCAUCUUCAAUUCAUCCUUUGCAAUGCUCAUCGACUGAAAUUUAUUCAUUUCGGCACUCAAAUCAUAACAAACGAUGAACUUUUUGAGAAAAUAUUUUUACACAACGAGCUGGGCCAACUUGAGGAACUGAGAAUUUUACAUUCAGAUCACUUGACCAUAAAGACUGCCUACGCAAUUGUCAAUAAUUGUGGGAAUCUUCAAAAACUUUUCGAGAUUGAAAGUUGGUCGGGAGUUGCGCCAUGGGAAUUUGAAGCUCUCAAAUGUUAUGUGAAAGAGAAAAAUUACGACGUUGACUUAACAUCUUAUCGCAAAUUCGUCACAACUUAAGCAAAUGUUUUCAUUUUAUUAUACUUUAUUGAAAAUAUUUAACUCUUGUACAAACUUAAUUAUCCGGCAUUAACCAAGAAAUUAAUUUUUUUUAAUGAAUGAAUAAAAAUUAAAGAAGGAAAAGUUUUAUGGAAAAAAA